CCUGCGCCGGCCGGCUCCACAUCGGGCAGGGCGAGCAGAGGGACCGCGGGGAGAUGGAGGCGGCGGCCCGGGAAGAGCUGGACAUGGAAGUAAUGAAGCCUUUAAUUGAAGAACAGAAUUCAGACAGCAUCUCUGAUGAAGAGCAUGAAAAUGAAUUGUUGCCAGUUGAGAAGCAUUACCAACUUGAUAAUCAAGAGGGCAUUACAUUUGUACAAACACUUACACAUCUUCUCAAAGGAAACAUUGGAACUGGCCUUCUAGGACUUCCACUUGCAAUAAAAAAUGCAGGCGUUGUGAUUGGACCCAUCAGCCUUGUAUUUAUAGGAGUUGUAUCUGUUCAUUGUAUGCACAUCUUGGUACGUUGCAGCCACUGUCUGUGUCGGAGGUUGAAAAAGACCUCACUAGGGUAUAGUGACACAGUUAGCUUUGCCAUGGAAAUAGGGCCCCUGAACAUCCUUCAGAAACGAGCUUCUUGGGGAAGGCAUAUUGUUGACUUUUUUCUUGUGAUAACACAACUGGGAUUUUGCAGUGUAUAUAUAGUGUUUUUGGCAGAAAAUGUGAAACAAGUCCACGAGGGAUUUUUGGAGAAUAGGACAAGUUCCAUGAAUGACACGGUUAUUAGAAGUCUCUCUGAGAAAAGGUGUAUUGAUUUACGAAUAUACAUGCUGUGUUUUCUCCCAUUUAUUAUCCUUCUGGUCUUCAUUCGUGAUCUGAAGAGCCUAUCUAUACUUUCAUUCCUUGCCAACAUUUGCAUGGCUGUCAGCCUGGUAAUUAUUUACCAGUAUAUUGUUCGAGAUAUAUCAGAUCCUCGAAAACUUCCUCCUGUGGUUGGUUGGAAGAAAUAUCCUCUCUUUUUUGGCACUGCCAUAUUUGCUUUUGAAGGAAUUGGUGUGGUUCUUCCAUUGGAAAAUAGAAUGAAAGAAACCACACGUUUCCCACAAGCUCUGAAUAUUGGCAUGGGAAUUGUUAUGACCUUGUAUAUCUCACUAGCCACUCUAGGAUACCUACGCUUUGGGGAUGAAAUCAAAGGCAGCAUAACUUUAAAUCUGCCACAAGAUGUAUGGUUGUAUCAAUCAGUAAAAAUUCUGUACUCCUUCGGGAUUUUUGUGACGUACUCAAUUCAGUACUACGUUCCAGCAGAGAUCAUCAUUCCAGCCAUCACUUCAAAAGUGCAGCAUAAAUGGAAGCUUUUCUGUGAACUAGUGGUGAGGAUUCUCUUAGUCUGCUCAACCUGCAGAGUUACGGCCGACUACCUACAGCAGCUCCCUUGCCCAGACCCAGCUCCAAUGGUGCUUUAA